AUGAUAUCAGAGGAAGAUGAAUAUUCGAAAGUAAAUAAAGAUGCUCCUACUGAAUCUGAAAUUUUCAAUGAAGGAAUAAAUAUCUUAAAGCUACCAGUGUUUACAAGGUAUAAAUUAUCUUUUUACAAUGGUAAGGAUAAACCAGAGAUAUUCGUAGCCAUAAGAGGCUAUGUGUAUGAUGUAACAAGUAAUAAAAAGAGCUAUGGACCAGGAAAGAGUUAUCACCGGUUGGCUGGAAAGGAUUCUUCUAGGUUACUCGGACUCAAUACGUUACGUUUGGAACUGACCAAAGUUGACUCAUUUCCGGAACAGAGAACAUGGUACUGUGACGACUUCAAUGAUAAGCAAAACGCCACUUUAGAUAAAUGGGUCGCCUUCUUUCGAAAAAGGUAUCGUAUUGUGGGAAUUGUGGGAGACCAUGAUCCACUUUCACUGAGCUGA